GGCUUCUAGUGGCUGAUUCCGCCAUUGGAAGGUUGUUUUAACACUCUUGGCUUUGCGAAAUCUGCUUCCUCACUUGGACAUCUAAUUAUGCCAUCUCCUAAAGACGACGUUGAAGCGCGUCCACCGUGUCAUCCACGAGCAUGUGCCAUCCAGGACUGCCUUGUCAAGAACAAUUACAACGAGACUCGUUGUCAAAAUGCUGUCAAGGCGUUAUACGAAUGCUGUGAAGCAUUCUACCAGCGAUAUGGCGACGACGCAACCUCCCCCAGCUGCCCAUUGCCAAAACUGCUGCGUCUGAAAAUUCAGCAGCAGAAAGAAGGCAAAUAAAAGCAUGGAAGGGACAAGAUGUGAACAUUUCACGAUUACAGAUUAUCUAUGCGGCUCGCUUAGACACGCACAGUAUUUUACGGUGUAUCUAGAUAUAAUGUACAUAGUGUACAUGAAUAGAGGGGGAAAGGGAAUCAAGAAAUGUACGCUCAUCGUAUAAUAUGUCAACCAGUGUAGAGAAUUUCAGGCAACUUAAUGAGGAGCGAAUUUUUCUAGGCGAUCGUUGAGCACGCAG